AUGGCGACUAACGAUCAAACCUCGCAGGUCCAACAGAAGGUUGACCGGAUCGACCAUCUCCGAGCUGAAUUAAUGAACGAAGUCCAGGCCAUGGACGAUGUCUGGAAGGAAAAAAUGGACCGACUAGCUUUGGAGAUAGAGACUGCCCGGAAGCAGCUGACAUCGGUAGAGGUCCAACUCCGAGUGGCAAAAGAGAAAGCAGAUGCACGGGCUCGACAAAAUGAGGACCUCCAAGCUCAACUAGGCUCGGCUAUUGCUAAACAAAAUUCCCUUGUUAAGGAGCUUAAAAUAGCAAGGUCCGAGUUGGAGAUAACCAAGGCCGAUGCUGAAGAGAUGGUGGCCCAGUAUAGGGAUAAUAUUGAGGCAGCCGAGGCCCGUCUGAAAGUCACUGUUGAGCAUGUGAAGCGGUUGUCUCGAAGGGAGACCCUCAAGGAGAUCCAUGCCCGAGGUUUUGACUUAUCAGCCGAGAUCGAAGAGUCGAAAAGGCUCGAGGUCGAGGCUAAGAAGCUGGCUGAACACGAGGGUGAAGAAGGCUCUGAGGGCUCCGAGGAUGGAGAAGACCCCGACGACUCUGGUGAUGAGGCGGGUUCUGGUGAAGAUCAGGCGUAG